GUUUGCUAUGUACUACUAGUUUAUGAUCCGUUUGUAAUACCAAAAUAGUGUCCAGGUUCAUCCUCCCAAGAAUCUUCCUAAUUUUGCCCAAAUCUCAUACCCAAAAGACCUUAUAAAUCCAACAUGAAAUCCUCCAAAAAACUUCCAACUCAUGAUCUCUUCUUUUCCUACACUAAACAAGUCAUUUCCCACUAACUAAAGAAUAAUUAAUUAAUUAAUAGUUAGUCAUAUGUUUAAUAUCUUUCUUGUUAUAUUUCCCAAAAUACCCUCCAUUCCUUCCCUCUCCCUCCAAAUAUUAUAAAAACUCUCCAAAGGGAAACUUUCUUUUCCCCCUUUCUCCUCUCUCAAAUAAUAGAGUGGAAACAGAGAGAGCUCCAAUGGCGGCGACAAUGGCCUCUCUUUUCCUCAAAACUCCGACGCCAUAUCCAUCAUUUCCGAAAACCCAGAAAUCCCUUUUCACCCCGUCCGUCAAUUUUCCGGUUCCGGCCCGGAAAUCCUCGAGAACCCGAGCGGGGACCCGGAUUUCAUGCGGGCUGAUUGACCCGGAUGGCGGAAAACUAGUGGAGCUCUUCGUUGAAGAGUCUCAGAAAGAUUUCAAAAGGGGCCAAGCUUUGUCUUUGCCUUCCAUCAGGCUCUCGAAGAUUGAUCUUCAAUGGGUUCAUGUGCUCAGCGAAGGCUGGGCUAGUCCGUUGAAGGGCUUCAUGAGAGAGUCCGAGUUCCUCCAAACUCUUCAUUUUAACUCGCUCCGGCUUGGAGACGGCUCCGUCGUCAACAUGUCGGUGCCGAUCGUGCUCGCCGUCGACGAUUCUCAGAAGCAGAGGAUCGGUUCGGCGAGCUCUGUUGCGCUUUUGGAUGAUCGAAACAAUCCAAUUGCCAUUUUGAAAGACAUUGAGAUAUACAAGCACAAUAAAGAAGAACGUAUAGCAAGGACUUGGGGAACCACUGCCCCUGGCCUACCUUAUGUUGAGGAGACCAUAAAGAAUGCUGGUAACUGGCUGAUUGGCGGUGAUCUGGAGGUUAUUGAACCAGUGAAGUAUUAUGAUGGUCUGGAUAGGUUCCGCCUCUCCCCUGCAGAGCUCCGUGAAGAAUUCACCAGGAGGAAUGCAGAUGCUGUGUUUGCUUUUCAACUUAGGAAUCCUGUACACAAUGGUCAUGCUCUACUGAUGACUGAUACACGCCGGCGGCUCCUUGAGAUGGGGUAUAAGAAUCCUGUUCUGUUACUUCAUCCACUUGGUGGUUACACUAAAGCUGAUGAUGUUCCACUUAGUUGGCGGAUGAAACAGCAUGAGAAGGUCCUUGAAGAUGGUGUUCUGGAUCCUGAGACUACUGUUGUGUCUAUAUUCCCCUCUCCAAUGCACUAUGCUGGCCCAACUGAGGUCCAGUGGCACGCAAAGGCUCGCAUCAAUGCAGGUGCCAAUUUUUAUAUUGUGGGUCGUGACCCAGCAGGCAUGAGCCAUCCACUGGAGAAAAGAGAUUUGUACGAUGCAGAUCAUGGAAAAAAGGUGCUAAGCAUGGCUCCAGGACUGGAACGGCUCAACAUCUUGCCAUUCAAGGUUGCUGCCUAUGACAAAACUCAGAGCAAAAUGGCAUUCUUUGAUCCUUCAAGGGCUCAGGAUUUUCUUUUCAUAUCUGGCACAAAGGUACAUUGCUGUGGAUGAAUUUAGCAACAGAAAAGAUGAAUAAGUUUGUUUUCGAUGUGGCAGCAUAAAGAAAAGACACCUGUUCAGUAUCCGAAUAAUAACACAUUGAGAAUAAAUUUGAAUACAGCCUAAUCAAAACAGCAAAUUUGACAUUCUGUUUGUGCAUCUCGUGUUUUAUAUCAUUUCUAAAAGUUGUUUGUACUUGUCAGAUGCGAACCCUUGCGAAGAACAGAGAGAAUCCUCCAGACGGAUUUAUGUGCCCUGGUGGUUGGAAAGUCUUGGUCGAGUAUUACGAUAGCCUGGCUCCUGCGGAGAAUGGCAAAGUACCUGUAGCUGUUCCAGCUUGAUAAAAAUAUUAUGGUGUGUGAAUAUGUAUCACUACGUACAAUGUUUGGGAGAAACCCUUAAAAAUCAUUCUCCAGUACUCUGAGUGAUUGAAGUUUGGUGACUGAUUUUCCUCAAACCAUGAUAAUAAGUAUCUGUUGAGGCGUUGUUAGAUAGAGUUGCGACUUUGCAACAAUAGACCUCAAAUCUGUAUGGCAACCUGAAGUUGUGCACCUGUAAAUAUUUGCAUCGUGCACCAGUGUGGUGGUUAUUAAUGAACAUUAUGGUCUGUUUGCGUUACUUAGGUAAUGACUUUAAAUCGCAGAGCAACGAAUAUCCAGAUUCCAGAACGUCAGAAUAAAAUUUUUGUUCCAAUUAUUAGCAGUGGUUUGGCCUUCUUGGAGUUAACUGUUGAAAAAGUUGAAAGCUUGGAGGGAGAAACAGAAUCACAGAGAAAGGGGAAUCUUUGGAAGAAAUGAGCGGACAGAAAGUGAUAGGAAGAGUUGCGAACAUAAAUCUAGUAUUGUUUGAUCAAUUUAAGGGGCAUUCUUUCUUUGUGCGGUACGCUAAAAGGAAACCAAUCAUUAACAUCUUUUGAAACACACAAAAAUCCAUUAAUUUGGGAACGAAGAAGUGUUGCAUUAAUUCAACGUAUUCGUGCAUUGGUUUUUUUUUUUUUUUUUUU